GCAACGUACAUCAGGGCAAGCACAGUGCGGGCGAACGCGCGGUACUUUGUGUCAUGGUGUCAGCGCGACAAGGUGGAGGAGACAGCGCUGUUCAUGUGCAAGCGGUGGGUAGAGAAGCUGCGGCGAAGUGGACAGAAGGGGGGGGUGUACUGCAAGAGCAAGAAGCAGAGCGAGAGGCUCGCGGAGGAGCUGGGAUGCGCGCACUAUCACGCAGACGUGGCAGACCGUGCGGACCGGCUGCAGGGGUGGGUUGAGAGGGGUGGGAUGAUGGUGGCAACGUCGGCGCUAGGGACAGGCGUGGACUUUGCUGGCAUCGUGUACAUCUUGCACGUAGGCACGCCGUGGAGCAUGAGCGACUUUGCGCAGGCGAGCGGGCGCGGGGGACGAGGGGGCGAGCAGUACGAGGUGGUGGUGCUGGUGGGGCAGGGAGAGGUAGAGCAGGUGAUGGAGCGAGAGAAGGAGAAGAUGGACGUGCUGGUGGGGCAGGAAGAGCUAGGGCAGGUGAUGAAGCAGAAGAGCAACAACUUAGACGUGCAGGCAAUAGGCAUGUUUCUAUCCAAGAUGGGUAAACCAACCGUACCUAUGGUUGAUUUAGGGUUGCAAAUUUGUUAGGGACCAGGGCUACAGGUUUUGCGCGGAUAUCUCAUCACGGGGUACAGUUGGUUUUCCUCCUAACUACAGUCGUUCUGCAACAAC